AGCUUAACAUCCACUCGACCCACCAACAACCAGUUGGGAAUUUGGGAUGCCAAAAAGAGUGGGUAAGUGGCCAUCCUGGGUGGGACGCGGCCUUUAUAAUGGCACCAGAUCCUCGAUUCUUCCCUCGGGUUGAAAACCAUUCUUAUUACAACGAACCCAGGGGUCAGUUUGGUCCUCAAUUUUAAAAUUAACUUACACCUUUUCGACUUUUAUGGUCUUCAUUGCUCAUACACUCCCUUUCUCUCCAAACCCUUCUAUCUCUACGUCUAUUGCCUCUGUUAUAUCUCGUUAUGUCACGGACAAAGGUUCUGCUGGUCGGAGCGACGGGCGAGACCGGAGGAUCAAUUGCCAGCGGGCUUCUUAAGAACCCAACUUUCGAAAUCCACGCCCUUGUUCGACCUCGUUCUGCUCUGAAACCCGCGAUCGUGGCCUUGCAAGAGCGAGGCGUCCAGAUUCGCAAAUGCGAUCUCAAAGCACCAGAGGAGGAGCUUGUCGAAGUUUUAUCAGGCAUAGACAUUGUCAUCAGUUGUAUUGGCUCCGCGGAUCAACAGGAUCAGAUUCCCCUUGCCAGUGCAGCCAAGAAAGCUGGCGUGAAGCGAUUUGUUCCCUGUGCAUUCCUGACAGUGGCCCCCGUAGGUGGAAUUAUGUGGUUGAGAGAUGAGAAAGAACUCGUCUACAACCAUAUAAAACAACUCCAUCUCCCUUACACAAUUAUCGAUGUUGGCCUAUGGUACCAACUUUCAUACCCUCGACUUGAGUCCGGAAGAGUCGAUUAUGCCCUGACAGCCGCCAAUAAUGAGAUUGUUGGAGACGGAAAUACCCCGAUAGCUAUCACAGAUUUGAGAGACAUCGGAUGCUACGUGGCUAGAAUUAUCCUCGACGACCGUACCUUGAACAAGAUGGUUCUUGCAUACAACACCGUGAUGACCCAGAAUCAGAUCUUCGACUUGCUUGAGGAAAUCAGUGAGGAGACGAUUACGAGAAACCAUGUGACAGAGGAGCUGGUUCAGAAUCGUGUUCUUGCUUCCCGCCAGGCAAGUGAGACCUAUCCGUUUGACCCCAUCAAAUUUAUUCCUCGAUACCUGGCCGAAUAUCAACUAUCGUGGGGGAUCCGUGGCGACAACACCCCAGAGUAUGCGAAGUACCUGGGUUAUUUGAGUUCCAAGGAUCUUUACCCCGACUUCACACCCAUCGAUUACAGAGAGUACCUUGAGACUGUGGUCAAAGGCACAGCCAAGGGUAUCUACACCGACCGAACCAUCUCCAAGGCCCACCAGCGCAUGUUUCCACGAACCGAGUCUACCGAUUCCCUGCAAAGUCGAAUGUUUCCUCGAACCGAGUCCAGCGACUCUUUGUAUAUGACCCGAUAAACGCCCACUCCACCGACAGGCUUAUGCAUCUGGCUUAAUGCAUAUAUAGAUCUUAUUGUAUUAUUCCCGAGGAAUAUACAUCUACUCGGUUACUGGAUUUUCCAUUUUCCUUUCUCU